AUGCUACCCAAAGCUCGUGUUGUGUACUGUAGUGCAACUGGUGUGACAGAUGUAAAAAAUAUGGUAGGUGUAGAGUAAAGUAUUAUUUUAUAUAAUUGACAGUAACGUGAUUUUGACUGAGUGUCAGGAAAUAGCAUGUUACUAUUAAAAGGUAUCCAACUUUGCUUUGCUAGUUUUUCGCAAACAAUGCACUAAGUAAAGGCUGGCAUGUACCUUUAAAAAUUAUGCUGUACGCAGUCAGCAUCUUAUAAGAUACCACUGUACAAAGUUAAAACUUUAAAGUGAAACUUGAUCUUGCGACUUGAUCUUGUACCUGGGAACAAAGAUUUUUUAAGGCGAAAUACCGUCGGUUGCAUCUAAGCGUGGACACGAGACAAAAAAAAAUGUUCUAAUAGGGUGCCAGAUAUGACGUGUUUUACCGCCAAACAUUUGAAGUUUGACAGCCGUUAAAGCAAACUGUCAAGGCAAAGGUAAGUUUGUUGACAAUUAGAACAAGUUUUUGCCUCAGGUGUACACGCUUAGAUGCAACCGACAGUAAUUAUGAUCGUCGGGAUGAGUGUACUGAACAGGACUGUUGUUUACAGUGAUUAACGUUUUGACAGGUCUUCAGGCCCUAUCCUCAUGUAUCGGGAUAGCUUUGAAAACGAAGACUUUUUUCUCCAUUCUUGCCUCCAUCCUCACAUAAACGGCCUUUUCAAAAAGACCCAGAGGGGAGAUUUUUUAAAACGCCGGCUUCUCGUUUAAAGUGGGCUGUCGAAAACGGAGAUUUGUGAACACGAUUAUGUCAUGCACCAUAUACUACUAGUAUUACGCAUGCUCUGUAAGGGAUGCUGUCGUCUUUCAUCGUUUUAGGGUUUUCAUGUGGACAGGCGAAAACGAUUCAAAUACGAUUCAUGAAGACGCCUAUUUUUUUUUUGAAAAUCGUGGAAAAAAUCCCCGUUUUUUAAAAUAUCCGGAUACGUGUGGACAGGGUGUCAGGGUCAAAGUCAGUUGUAUCACCUCAGUUGAUGGUAUUAAACUCUGGUUCAAGGUACAUGAUUUCUAGGUACUCAGUAGAAGAGCACAAAGACUCUUGUUGCAUGAAGUUUUUAAACGCUACAAUAAUUGCUGACAGAUUAUUACAGCAACCAUGUCUAGAAACCUUAGGUUUCUGACAAUGUUCCCAUUCAGUCCAAUAGUCAAUCAAUACAGUACACUGAUAGAGUGAUUUGAAUAUUUUCAGGCAUUUAUGGAGAGACUUGGUUUAUGGGGAGACGGAACAGCGUUUAAAUCGUUUGAUUCUUUUCUAGCCAGCAUAACUAAGAGAGGUCUUGGUAAGUGGCAUAGUUUGCAGCCUAGACUACGAGCAGUUUCUCUUUUUUCUUAGUCCGUCGUGCAAAACACCGAGACACGCAAAUGACCACGCGCAACACUCUCUCGCGCGCGUGCCCUCCCCUCACUAAAUCUGAAGAAAAGGAGAGGCUGCUCGCUGUCUAUUUUCAGCCCCAAUGAUCCACAUUCAAAUUCUCCCGACUGAUCCCCCUACCUUUCCUUAAAGAAUUAGUUGAGAGAUUUUGGUGAUUAUUUUAUGAAUUCUCUAAACUUUUUCUUGUAAUGAUUUAUGAAUAUUUUUAGGAGAAAAUUGAUGUUAAUCACGUUUGGUACUCAAUGGGAUAAAGGGGUUAUAUCAGGAUGACUUCCAUAUACUUGUCAAUGUUGAGCUGAAUUUGUACUUGGAACUCUAAAAAAAAAGCUAUCAAAUGAUUCGAUCUAAGCCAAGGGGAAGUAACGCAUGUUCGUUUCUGGUCAUUUUUCCAAGAACUCCUGCCUGCCGUACCAUGCUUAGCUGUGAUAGGAGCGUAAAAGAUCUUAAGCGGCAGCGCUUCCUUGGACCGGUUCUGGCAAAUUACUCGAAACCUUAACCAAAUAUAUGGGUACACCACCUGUACUGUAACCGUGGAGAGACGGCUAGCUAGGCUAUUGGCUAGAACGGUGAUGCGCCAUGGCGAUGCUAUUACCACGUCUCGGAAAUCAUGGUCGACUUUUCUAUAGCCUGUCCCAGGCUUUGAAAUAGUGGAUUGUGGUGCGAAGUUAGAGAACGGGAAAAAAAUAAGGAGAAAGAGGGGGUGAGGGAGAGAGAGGAAGGAAUUUCGCCCUCAUUCCCUACCCCACCCCUAGCUGUUUUUCCUGCUCACAUCUCCUUGCGUCGCCCUCAUAAUCUGAACUCCUGGAACAGGCUACUUUUUAUGUAACGUGGUAAACACGUUCGCUUUCACUUCUCCAUCGGCAGAAACGAUGUAUUUUAAGGUCACUAACAUUUAAAAUCUUUCCUAGGUGCUUCUGAAAUGUUAGCUAUGGAAAUGAAGGCAUCACGGAUGUACGUUUCUAGAGGUCUUAGUUUCAGACAGGCUGAGGUAAUGCAUAAUUUUAGAAAUGGCAUCGUAAUUUUCUGUUGUAACCAGAAGUUUUUCUAACAUACUGAAAUAUAAGGCUUUUUUUGCAAUGCUUAUUUCUUCUCUUC